CUCCCUCGCCUCGCUCCGGCGGCCGCUCCGCCUCGUCCACAGCGACCGACCGCGCCAGGCGCAGGCGCAGGCGCAGCCCCGGCCCCGAAGCUGGUGCUCCUCGGCUGUCGCGGUGACCCCGCCCCCGGGCCCAGGAUGUGAGGCCGGUCCGGUGUCCCCGCGGCGGGCCGGGGCGGCGUGGGGCCCGCGGGCGCCAUGGAGGGCGUGCUGUACAAGUGGACCAACUACCUGAGCGGUUGGCAGCCUCGAUGGUUCCUUCUUUGUGGGGGAAUACUGUCCUAUUACGAUUCUCCUGAAGAUGCCUGGAAGGGUUGUAAAGGGAGCAUCCAGAUGGCAGUUUGUGAGAUUCAAGUUCAUUCUGUGGAUAACACUCGCAUGGACCUGAUCAUCCCUGGGGAACAGUAUUUCUACCUAAAAGCCAGAAGUGUGGCAGAGAGACAGCGGUGGCUGGUGGCCCUAGGGUCUGCUAAGGCCUGCCUGACAGAUAGUAGGACCCAGAAGGAAAAAGAAUUUGCAGAAAACACUGAAAACUUGAAAACCAAAAUGUCGGAACUAAGGCUAUACUGUGACCUCCUUGUUCAGCAAGUAGAUAAAACAAAAGAAGUGGCCACAUCUGGUGUUGCUGACUCCGAGGAGGGAAUCGAUGUGGGAAUGCUGCUGAAAUCAACCUGCAACACAUUCCUGAAGACCCUGGAGGAAUGCAUGCAGAUUGCAAAUGCAGCCUUCACCUCGGAACUGCUCUACCAUACGCCCCCAGGAUCCCCUCAGCUAGCGGUGCUUAAGUCCAACAAGAUGAAACAUCCUGUCAUACCAAUUCAUAAUUCAUUGGAAAGGCAGAUGGAAUUGAACAACUGUGAAAAUGGAUCUUUAAAUAUGGAAGUAAAUGGUGAUGAAGAAAUUCUAAUGAAAACCAAGAGUUCCUUGUAUUUGAAAUCCACAGAGGUAGAUUGCAGCAUGUCAAGUGAAGAAAAUACAGAUGAUAAUGUGACAGUCCAAGGUGAGAUACUGAAGGAAGAUGGAGAGAAAAACCUGGGGAAUCAUGACAGUGAGCUGGCACAGCCUGGAUCAGACUCAGUUUGCUCACCAGAAUUCGUCUGGGAAGACAGCGAAGAAGUUAUCCCAACUUUCUUUAGUGCCAUGAGUGCCAGCUUUAGUGACAUUGAACUUCUGGAAGACAGUGGCAUUCCCACAGAAGCAUUCUUGGCAUCUUGUUAUGCAGUGGUUCCAGUACUAGACAAACUCGGUCCUACAGUGUUUGCUCCUGUGAAAAUGGAUCUUGUUGGAAAUAUCAAGAAGGUAAAUCAGAAGUACAUAACCAACAAGGAAGAGUUUACUACCCUCCAGAAGAUAGUGCUGCAUGAGGUGGAGGCUGAUGUAGCUCAGGUUAGGAACUCUGCGACCGAAGCCCUCUUGUGGCUGAAGAGAGGUCUCAAAUUUUUAAAGGGCUUUUUGACAGAAGUGAAGAAUGGGGAAAAAGAUAUCCAGACAGCACUGAAUAACGCAUACGGCAAAACAUUACGGCAACACCAUGGCUGGGUAGUUCGAGGGGUUUUUGCGUUAGCACUGAGGGCAGCACCAUCCUAUGAAGAUUUUGUGGCUGCGCUAACCAUAAAAGAAGGUGACCACCAUAAAGAAGCUUUCAGUACUGGGAUGCAGAGGGACCUGAGCCUUUACCUCCCUGCUAUGGAAAAGCAGCUGGCCAUACUGGACACUUUAUAUGAGAUCCACGGGCUGGAGUCUGAUGAGGUGGUGUGACAGCUACAGGACAGCACCUCCUAACUUCAGGGAAUAAAGUUUGCUAAAGUGUUGUGUUGCCCUAGUUAAUUCAGCAACAGCUUUGAUGCUCUCCAACUCCUUUCCUGGGGAGAGAGACAGGAGGAAGCAAGACCUAGUGCUUUUAUAGAAUUGUGUUAAUGCAUAUGUGUUUGGUGUUUUUAAAAAUCAAGGUGCUAAAUAUUCAGUUCAACAGGCCUACUGGAAACCAAAUCAUAGCUGUCACAGACUUGAAUAGCAAGUAAUAAGAGCAAAAUUGGCAAAUGAAUUUGUUGGGAUCACAUUUUAUAUUGUUCUGUUUCAGUUAUUAGUUGUAAUGGACCACCCAAAUCCAAGCAGUAUGCAGGACUAUAACACAAAGCCAGUGUUUAAAAUAGCUUAGAAAUUGACUGAGCGUUGGAGGGAGUGUAAGCUCCUUUGUCAGAGACUUGCUGUGUAACGGUUUGUUAUUUCUAGACUGUCCCGAGUGGGUCCCUUCUCUGUGUCUCUGCUGAUGAGAAGGGCAGUGUAGGGAAGAGAUUUUGAUGGUUGUGGGAAAACGCUAACAAGGACUGCCGUGCCUGUUGUCAGGUGGGACAGUGGCUCCAGGAGAUGACCUCACCCUGUGCUUGAGAACAGAAUAGAAGGGUAGGGGAAGUUGUUGGGGUAACGAGUGCUGCUCUUUGACAAUACAUUUCCUGUAUGCUAUCUGAAUUGGACAUCAUAACAAAACAGUGACAUUAUAGAGGAUUGCUGCUUAUAAUAGGAAGGUCUACUCACAUUCAUGGAGUAUCUUGUUUCUCUUGAUUUUAUUUUAUUUUUAUUUAUUUUUGGCCUAGCUUUAUGAACUCUUCAGCAAAAGAGCCAGGUGGCUUUAAAUGUGAUCUAGAUGACCCCUGUAUUGAAGUCAUAUGAUGUGCUGUUUGAAAGAACAGAGUCCUAGAACUUACCUGAAGAACCCACUCUGGAGGUAAAACAGGAAUUUUCUGGUUGAUGACCUUCCCAGGCAAUACUCAAGUACACAGGUUGAAGAGCUACCCAAUUGAAUUCUAGUUUUCAGAAUUCCCAUUCUUCUGCAAGAACCAAAUGAUCCAUCCCCCUACCCCAGGAGAAAGAGGGCCAUCAUU